AUGAUGGAACUCGCGACUGCUCGCUGCUCGAGGGUCUUCGGAGGCACACAGAUGGACGGUGACCGAUGGUAUGCUGAUAUGAAGUGGACGGCCGACGAACAAUGCACGGGGAGGGGUGGGGGGAGAAGAAGGAAAUUCGAUCAGCACUGCUGCUGCUUGAUAAUUGCCUGCGAAGGAUGGCAUCGCGAGCAGCUACUUGGUCUCUCUCAUUCUCGCCGCUGCAAUGAAGCCUUCUCACCACCGGCCCGUCUUCGACCAUCACCAAGAUGGAAGAUGGCCUGUUGGCAUCCCUGCGGCUCCUCUUUCGUGUGUGGCAGUUCCUCAGAUGUAAUGGGCGACCACGGCUGGCAGCGGAGCGGGCUAUGGUUUUCUUUGGCGACUCCAUUUGGUGGCGUCGUGCAUCGUCUCGCGGUGUCCGGCUCUGCUGUGUGUGAACUUUCUCCCUCAUCUUUGUUUCCCCCUGGUGUUGGUUUGACAGGAUCCUCCGGCGUGUGUCCGUCUCAGUUUCGGCCGUUUUUCCGCAACGGCCACCAGAUUGUUUGGGAAGUGGGGUCGUUGCAUUUCUUCUUGGUGCUCCUGGUGGAGCCUCCUUUGGGAGGUUAA